CGGCGGUGACUAAAGAUUCUUUGAGUGGGCGUGUCAAGCAUUCUGAUCUGGCCAACGUGUAUAUUGCAGGAGCUGGUAAAUGCACAAGGACCUGUCUGGUGCGCAUUUGCUGGGAUUGACUAGUACCAUUCUCCAUGUGCCAUAUGCCAUGGACAGAAAAUUAGGGCAGACUCAGGUAUUGACAAUUCACCUAAGCACUCAACCUCGUGGGAGCCGCUCCUCCCGCUCUCUGUCCACAGAAUUCUCACCUUGCUCUUGCCACAUCGCCAUCAUCACACAAAGCAUCGCCGUCCCAUCAUGUCGCUCGUCACACAGACAAUAACUGACACCACCACCGCACUUGCUUCGACAGUGAUCGUUGGCGCUCUCACAACGACCGUCACUAGCCAUAUUUCCACCACAGUACUGGCAACGUUCGGUCAAACAGUCACCAUCACCUCACCACCAGCAUCGCCACCACUUGCACCGACCACCAAAUACACCCCAAGUACUGUUGCGACCGAGACCUCAAUCGUCACGCUCACCGAAAUUGACAUCUUCCUUCAAAACACGCAAGGCAGCAUCUACUCAACAUGGGUUGUACCGUUCACACCUACCUCAAAUGCAGCCGGACCAUCCUCGAGCCCAACGGUUAUCGUGUAUGUUGUAGAGCCAAAACAAGGUGGUUGGCAUACUUGGUCGGCGGGAGCGAAGGCGGGUCUGAUUGUUGGAGUUGUUCUAGCAGGUUUACUGCUUUUGGGGAUGCUCAUAUGGUGCUGUUGCCGGAGGUCCAAUGUUUGGUUCGUUCACGGUUGGCCAUGGUCGAGGCCGCUUGAUGCUGCGCCGCCACCGAAUAUGGGCCCUUCGAUCGUGCAGCCUACCAUGGUCAAUGGGCCUCUCAUGCCAUACGUCCAACCUCAUCCAGGAUACGCAUAGGGCUAUGGAAUGGGGCUAAGAGGAGGUGGUGGGAAUCAUGAAGACUGAGAGCAGUUUGCACAAGCCGGAGGGGCCGUUU